AUGGCCGUGGGCGCGGAGGAUGCGGCGGGGGCGCUCGAGCUCGUGCGCAAGAUGAAGGUUGAUGAGCUGAAGCAAUGCCUGGCGCAGGUCGGUGCGCGGCGCACGGGGAUCAAGAAGCAGCUGCAGGAACGCCUGACGGAUAUCUUGUCGAGCAGCGCGGAUGCGUACAACAGAUCGCGCGCCAUCCAAGCGGUGUUCACCGUCGCCGCCAGCUCCAUGAGCGUCUCGGUUCGUCGAGCCGCCGUGGCUGCGAGCUUCAGGUCCGGCGCCGCGGCCGCACCGCAGGCCUCGCAGCAAUCCGCGAGCAGGCCCAACGUCCGCUGCAUCUGCGAAGCCACCGCCCAAGACCCCGUCCGCGGAGCGCUCAUCCAGUGCCAAAAUCAGGAAUGCAAGAUCUACCAGCACCGCACCUGCGUCCUCGUCCAGCCAGGCGGCGGGCAGCACUUCCUGUGCGAGCGGUGCCGCGUGCAGGAAGCCGACCCCUUCUGGGUCGUCGAGCGCGUCGUCGCCGCGGGGCUCCCGCGCCCGGUCCAGACCUCGAUCAUGGACAUCGCGGAGCCGCGCACGCAGGUCCUGCGGCGGUUCUCGCUCUCGCAGCCCGAGUGUUCGCGUCUCUGGCGCGACACCGACACCUACCAGCUGCAAAUCUCGUGCGUGCUGAUGGGCGACGCGCCGCAGGAACGACUCCACUGGCCCACGCAGGCCGAGCUCGCGAUCAACGGCGCGCGGUACCGCCCGUUCUCGCGCGCCCAGAACGUCGAGCUGUCGAAAACAAGCCGCGACCUCCCCGCCAACGUCUCCAGCAUGGUCUCGCCCGGCACGAACGAGAUCCUCCUCUCGCACCGCGACCUCCGCAAGUUCUACCUCGUCGCGCGCCUGUGCCGCGUGCGGCCCACGCGCGAGGUCGAGGCGCGGAUCGCUGCGCCGGAGAGCAUCGCCGACGGCACGCAGCGGCUCAUCGACAAGGCGCGGAAGAUCAGCGACAGCGACGACGACCUCGUCGUGAACCAGGAGCUGCGGCUGAGCCUGAUCGACCCGAUGACGUGCGCGCGCGUGACGCGCCCGGCCUACAGCAAGCAGUGCGGCGCGCACCGCGUGUUCGACCUGGACGUGUUCCUGGACGCCGCGAAGCGGACGCGGAAGUGGAUCUGCCCGCACUGCCUCAAGGUGACGCGGCUGCAGGACAUCGUGCUCGACUCGUACAUGGCGAGGGUGCUGGACGUGCUCGAGAACUGCCCGAGCGUCGAGGAGAUCGAGGUGAACGACGCGGGGCAGUGGCGGCCCGUCGGCAUCGAGGCGCAGGGCUGGCGCAGCAUCGACAAUGAGCAGCGGAUCGCGCCGUCCGUGGUUGCGCACGCGGAGAUGAUGCAGGUCGAAAGCGACGACGACGACGACAAGGACGCCAAGCCUGGGCCGUCGGGCGGCAGCGGGGCGAGGCGGGGGGUCAAUAACAAGGCCCCCCCUCCUGUCAUCAUCCUGAUCGACUCGGACGACGACGAGCCGCCCCCCGCGGCGGGGACGGCGAACGGCAACGCGCACGCGGCCUCGCAGCCGAGCGAGCAGGCCACCGGCGCGUCGCGGAACGGCCAGGGCGGCGCGGCGCCGGCGCCGGCGACGGCGCCUGCGAGUAACACUGGCGGCGGCGCGAGGAGCGCCGCCGCGCCGCAGGGCGCGCGCACGGCGCCGCCGUCGACCGCGCAGCGCCCCGGGGGCCCUGGCCCGCCCGGGGGUGCGCAGAAAAACACCCCCGGCCCAACCCCACCCCCGGCCGCAUGUACAUCCGAAGUCAGACCGGGGGCCCGAAGAGUCCCCCCCCUCCGGCGCAGCGCGACCUCGGCGCCGGCAGCGGGCCGGUGGACCUCGGGGUGUCGACUCCGACGCAGGCGCAGCGGGGUGUCGCACGCCAGGUGGGCGGCGCUGCAGCUGCUCCGCAGGGCGCCAACGGCCACGCGCGCCCGCCAGGCAGCGGCCGGCGCAACGGUCCUCCGGGGUCGCGGCCACAGCAGGGCGGGCGCGGCGCGCCCGUGCACCCGAUGGCGACGUCCGGGCGAGAAGGCCACGCCGUGCUGGACCGACACAUGGAGCUGUCCGAGCUCGUCCCAGAGAACUGGGAUUCCUGUUUCCCGAGCUACUCGAACCCGAUGGACAUGCAGGCGUGGCAGGGCCAGCACGGCAUGCCGUACAACUACAUGUUCCCGCAGGGAACAUCAUCAUUAUUCGGGCCGGCGUAUAACGGCAUGA